GAACACUUAUUUACCAAAUCGGUCUAUUUAAGCCGUGAAUCGGCGAGACACUCAAGUCAAUUCAAGUAUUGAAGCCGAAUCGACCAUUUGAUAAAAUGAAAGUACUAGUCGCUUUAGCAUUGUUGGUAGUGGUUUGUCAAGUUGACAGCCAGAUAACAAUCAGACUCCCAGCGCCACCUCUGGUAAAGCUUCCACCAGGAUUCAAAAUUAAAUUGCCGGUACUUCCUGUUCAAAUAGCUGGAUCACCUGCAGACGCUGCCACAGCUACCGAUGGUUCAUCAACCGACGCUACCGGCUCAACUGACGCUGGUGCAACUGAUGGCGCUACUGAUGCUGGUUCAACUGGUGCUACUGAUUCCGGCGCAACUGGCGCAACUGAUUCCGGUGCAACUGGUGCAACAGGAUCUAGUUCAACUGGCGUUGCUGAUUCCGGAAAAGCUGUUUUCAUUUAUGACCUUUUCCCUGGAUUUGAGUUGAUUUUCAAAAACUCGCCAUGGUUUAAACUUGUUAAGGGUGAACGAGCCACAAAAUCCAAGUCCGGAUCCAAAAAAUCUAAAUCCAAAUCCGAAUCCAAAGCUGGAAGCAAAGCCGAAGGUGAAGGUGACGCAACUGAAACCGAAGCUCCAGCUAGUGACGCUCCUGCUGGUGAUGCUCCAGCCGCUGACGCUCCAGCGGCUGAUGCUCCAGCUGCUGAUGCCCCAGCUGCUGAUGCUCCAGCUAAGUAAAAAUAUUGCCAAGUCUGUACACGCUUGGUAGUGUAUCUGUUCACUUCAGUAAAUAUCUAAAUAAAUUGAAAAAUAUUUAUCGUGAAACAA